AGCACCAGUUUUGACCAAUGGGUGAGAAGAUCUGCGUGUAUUAACCUGUAGAAGCAGCACAGAGAAUGAUGAGCAGCCAAUUCACCCAAUGGACCUGCCUACUGCAGCGUAGGCCUCGCCUCAACUGCAGGAGAGCAGGAGGCUACGGUUGCUGCAUCCUUCAGUCUCCACCCGGACUACGCCAUGUUGGGGCUUGUGGGUCGGUUGGCCGCUGCUUCGGCCUCCGGGGCCUUGCGGGGACUCACCCCUUCAGCAUCGCUGCCCCCAGCUCAGCUCUUAGUGCGGGCCGCUCCGACGGCGGUCCAUCCUGUCAGGGACUAUGCGGCGCAAACAUCUCCUUCGCCAAAAGCAGGCGCCGCCACCGGGCGCAUCGUGGCGGUCAUUGGCGCAGUGGUGGACGUCCAGUUUGAUGAGGGACUACCACCAAUUCUAAAUGCCCUGGAAGUGCAAGGCAGGGAGACCAGACUGGUUUUGGAGGUGGCCCAGCAUUUGGGUGAGAGCACAGUAAGGACUAUUGCUAUGGAUGGUACAGAAGGCUUGGUUAGAGGCCAGAAAGUACUGGAUUCUGGUGCACCAAUCAAAAUUCCUGUUGGUCCUGAGACUUUGGGCAGAAUCAUGAAUGUCAUUGGAGAACCUAUUGAUGAAAGAGGUCCCAUCAAAACUAAACAAUUUGCUGCCAUUCAUGCUGAGGCUCCAGAAUUCAUGGAAAUGAGUGUUGAGCAGGAAAUUCUGGUGACUGGUAUCAAGGUUGUGGAUCUGCUAGCUCCCUAUGCCAAGGGUGGCAAAAUUGGGCUUUUUGGUGGUGCCGGAGUUGGCAAGACUGUACUGAUCAUGGAGUUAAUCAACAAUGUCGCCAAAGCCCAUGGUGGUUACUCUGUGUUUGCUGGUGUUGGAGAGAGGACCCGUGAAGGCAAUGAUUUAUACCAUGAAAUGAUUGAAUCUGGUGUUAUCAACUUAAAAGAUGCCACCUCCAAGGUAGCGCUGGUAUAUGGUCAAAUGAAUGAACCACCUGGUGCUCGUGCCCGGGUAGCUCUGACUGGACUGACUGUGGCUGAAUACUUCAGAGACCAAGAAGGUCAAGAUGUACUGCUAUUUAUUGAUAACAUCUUUCGCUUCACCCAGGCUGGUUCAGAGGUGUCUGCAUUAUUGGGCCGAAUCCCUUCUGCUGUGGGCUAUCAGCCUACCCUGGCCACUGACAUGGGUACUAUGCAGGAAAGAAUUACCACUACCAAGAAGGGAUCUAUCACCUCUGUACAGGCUAUCUAUGUGCCUGCUGAUGACUUGACUGACCCUGCCCCUGCUACUACGUUUGCCCAUUUGGAUGCUACCACUGUACUGUCGCGUGCCAUUGCUGAGCUGGGCAUCUAUCCAGCUGUGGAUCCUCUAGACUCCACCUCUCGUAUCAUGGAUCCCAACAUUGUUGGCAGUGAGCAUUACGAUGUUGCCCGUGGGGUGCAAAAGAUCCUGCAGGACUACAAAUCCCUCCAGGAUAUCAUUGCCAUUCUGGGUAUGGAUGAACUUUCUGAGGAAGACAAGCUGACCGUGUCCCGUGCACGGAAAAUACAGCGUUUCUUGUCUCAGCCAUUCCAGGUUGCUGAGGUCUUCACAGGUCAUAUGGGGAAGCUGGUACCCCUGAAGGAGACCAUCAAAGGAUUCCAGCAGAUUUUGGCAGGUGAGAUUUUGAGUACAAAGCUGAACAUAAGAUCACAGAAAAGCCAAAAUCUUGAAUGUUUACUGUGCUGUGGUCCCAUUCCAACAACCGUCAAGCAAUAUAUAAUAUACUAUGCUUAAUUAUAUUUUUUAAUUUAAAAAACAAACUUUCCCAUUAAUUUUGUUUGAAAAUACAUUUAAUUUGAGUGUGAUUUGUUACUUGAUUCUCUAGCUCCCUUUUAUAUGUAUUUUUUGAGACUGAGUCUCUGUCACCCAGGUUGGAGUACACUGGUGCAAUUUCGGCUCACUGCAACCUCCACCCACCAGGUUCAAGUGAUUCUCCAGCCUCAACCAUCCAAGUAGCUGGGAUUACAGGCACACACCACCAAGCCUGGCUAAUUUUUAUAUUUUUAGUAGCCAUGGGGUUUCGCCAUGUUGGCCAGGCUUGUCUCGAACUCCUGACCUUAGGUGAUCCGCCUGCCUUGGCCUCCCAAAGUGCUGGGAUUACAGGUGUAAGCCACCGUGCCUGGCCCAUGUGUUCUUAAUUCGUACUGUAUCAUGUCUUGUAAAUUUGAUUUGUGAGGGAAAUUUAAGCUUUCUAAGAUGACAUGAAUUCAUCACAUUCUGAUGGCCUCAAGUGGUGAGGAAUGUUACACGAUGCAGAAGUUGAUAUCCCUCUGCUUCUUACUUUUUUUUUUUUUUUUUCCCCGUCAUACAGGUGAAUAUGACCAUCUCCCUGAACAGGCCUUCUAUAUGGUGGGACCCAUUGAAGAAGCUGUGGCAAAAGCUGAUAAGCUGGCUGAAGAGCAUUCAUCGUGAGGGGUCUUUGUCCUCUGUACUGUCCUUCUCCUUGCCCCUAACCCAAAAAGCUUCAUUUUUCUGUGUAGGCUGCACAAGAGCCUUGAUUGAAGAUAUAUUCUUUCUGAACGAUAUUUAAGGUUUCCAAUAAAAUGUACACCCCUCAGAA